AUGUCCUCUGUUGCUUACCGAUUGACUCCAGGUUUGAGAACCAGGCCAUUACAUGCGGUCCAGUUUGGCUUGCGUUUUAAAUCCACCACCCCUCCGCCCCAAAGCGGAGGAGGUGCCAAGGGAGUGGUACCAUCAAUUAACAAAAUAGGAAUCCCAAUGAAAUCUUACAUUCCUCCAAGCUUCAAUAGACUCAACUUUCUCUCGCAUCCCAUUAUAUCAAUCAAAUGUCUCUUAAGAAGAUGUGGGCUUUUGGCCCUAAAUACGUAUCAAGUUUUGGAUAUUCGAAAAAAUAUUGGAAAGCCCGAUUUCGUUCUAUGGAAGAACAACAGCAUUGAAAACUUCAUUCUGGUCAACAAAUUGUUUGCCAAUGGUCAUUUGAAACCUUUGAAAAGCAAGGUAUCUUCUUUUGUUUUCAAAAGUCUGGAAUCUAGACUGAAAUCUCUUCCUGAAAACACCAAGUUGGACUGGAAAUUACUCAAGUUCAAUAAACCACCCAAAUUGGUUAACCUGCACAACUUCCCUAAUGACGACGGUUCUACCAUGUGUGUUCAGGUUAUAUACAAAUUUGACACCCAGCAACGUUUGAUCACCGUCAAAAACGGCUCCGAUGCUACCACUUUCGACAGAAACUUGGUUCAAUACGUGGGGUUCAACGUUGACCCCUACUCCAACGAGGUUGUCCUUGCCGGUUCUCUGUUUGAAAGUGACUUAACCACCAAGAUAUCCGACUCCCAAGCCAACCCCACACAGAGGCAGCUCCUCGACACAAUGGCCAGAAAUGGUGACAUUUUCCGUAAUCAGUAG